AUGGCCACUCAGCACACCUGGCUACUGGCCACCUUGGCCCUCCUCGCUGUGGUCCUCGGGGCAACUGAGGCUGGCCCCUACGCCGCCAACGUGGAGGACAGCACCUGCUGCAAGGACUACACCCGCCGCCCGCUGCCCAUGGUCGCCGUGAAGGACUUCUACUGGACCUCCCUCUCCUGCCGGCGGCCUGGCGUGGUCUUAGUGACCGUCAAGAACCUGGAGAUCUGCGCGGACCCCAGCCAGGCCUGGGUGAAGAGAAUCAUCCGGAAGCUGGCCAAGGGAGGAAGGACGCCGUUCUGAGACGGGGCCCGGCUCCCCCGGAAGCUCACGGACCACCACUCUCCCGCCACGGCCGCUGUUCCGUGACACUCGUCUCCGUCCCUGCAGCGGUGGU